CUUUCACAAGUAACAUUUAUUCUGCAUGCAUCCUAGUUCGAAAUCAUUCCCGAGCCCAGGCUCGGUGUCUGCUUCAGUCGAUUCACUUGCCUCCGCUCCCGGGAAUCAUGAAGUAUCACUAUCCACUGUUGCUCACCAUGACCUACUUGCACAAGGGUCACCGCAUAGCCUCAACUCUACCACCACAUCAUCGUUCUCAUCUUCAGGGUCAUUACCUAUUCAUCAGCAUCUUGGUAGCGAAUCUAUUCUUAGCAGUCUUGUUCACCGGAGUCAGAACAAUCUUGAUGGAAGUGCCAGUUUUAUUGCGGGGGUUGGGAGCAGGGGCCUGAAUCAGAACCAGGGUCCGAGCAAGGCUAGGAACCAUAGUAGGACUCAAAGCUCUAACAGCCAUCAUGGCUAUGCUAUGUCGGGUCGAACUCUGAGCGAAAGUAGCGGUCAAUUCCCAUACACUCCGCCACCGCCCUUUGGGAGCAUGGGUGGCAACGUAGGUAGAGCCAACAGUAGUGAUAAUGCUUUGGCAUCAUCAAUGUCUACUCUGACUAGUACGAAUCACCCUACCAUUCGCACCAAUACAACGCUUCUACCUCAAAGUCAAGGAUCAACAUACCUCUCAAGUCCUAAUGACACAACUGAUGGCCAGGGUGGCGCUGAUUCACCGGUUGGAACCAUACUCCCAAACUGGGCUUCGCCACCAAUGCGACCGCAUGCUCACCCAAUGGUAUCCACCAGUGUCAGUAGCAGUGGCGGGGGGUUUACCUCUCCUGCAAGCCUGUCGUCUCCUGUCCAUCUUAAUCAACCUUCACCAACUGCACAGCAUCAAUCAUAUCCUCUUCCGCCGUCAUACCAAAGUCAAACUGACAUUCAACAGCAGCCGCCCACUCAGAAACCCAAGAAGGAAAAGCACACUUUUGGUGGUAUGUCUGCUAGUAGCUUCUUAACAGAAACCCUUCCUACAACAGGGAAGAAACUAUACCCGGGAUCCAAGAAGGGCGCCAAGUCGCAUGGUGACAUUUCAUCCUCUUCAUCCAGCAGCCAGCAGAAGGCUGGUAAGAAAUCUGGAAGUAGUAGCAAUGGUGGUGGCGGAGGGCCUCUUUCAUCAAUCAAUACCCGGAAGCAGCAGCCCCCAACCGGUGCACAUUCCUCUGUGGCCAUUGAUAGAGCAUAUUCAUCCACAGGUAGUAUUACAAGCCCUGUAGGGGGAAGCUCUCAUCAUUACAUGACAUCACCAACAAUGAGUAGAAAUAACCACUCAAGUUUGGACGCAAAGGUCAUGGCGCGGGAAAUGGCUCAAGGCCAUGCUACCGAGGAUGUCUGGCAAGCACUCUGUAUCAAGGUUUUGACUCUUUUCAACGGACAGGGCUUAACAGGAGCUAUUGAGGAUCUAAAUGAUCUUGUUAAGGGAUGUCUACAGAAAAGGACUGCGUUUGCUUUAUGCAAUGAAAUUAAUGAGUUACUCAAGAAUGGAAUGCUGACCCUGAAUGCCAAGUUAGGAGAUGUCCCUGAUGAAAAGUUGGUGUCACGUUUAGUAGAGGUGUGGUCCUUCUUUUUCGGCACGGUUCUUCCGUAUUUUGAAGGUGUUUUUCUUCCACUCCAGAUUGAACUCAAAACGUGCCAUUCUAAAAAGAUGACACGGAAAGCGACGGGCAGUAGCACAAAUGGAGGCGGAGGCUUUGGAAAUUUGACUCAGAGCGCAAGUAACAAUGGUAGCAAUGGUGGAUUGAGUACGCUAAGCACCAAUGGCACAGGCACAGGUGGUAAUAGUGCAAUGGUUGGUGCUAGUCCAAAGUCAGUUGUGACCGAAUCUGAACGGAAUCAUGAUGAUUUGGAACCAGAGAAUGUGCGAACCAUGGCCUUGACUGGCUUUAGAGACUUGGUUAUUCUCCCCAUGGGAACUCGACUUGAAGCUGUGUUUGCAAAGCUUUUCACGGAUUUUGAUGCAUCUAUUCCAGUGACAGACACUGCUUCUAGAAUGCUUCAAAUGACCUCAGUUUUGACUUCAAUACAAUCUGGCGACAAUCAACAGAAAUUGAUGGAGCAAAUCUCAAAUCGGUUGAAGUCUAAUUACAAGCAGUUUACACGACGUGGUAAUAGGGGAGCUUUUAUUGGUUUGGAUAAGAGGCUUGCGCCAGCUACCCAACAAGCACGCUGAUGACAUGUAUUCAUAUUUAUUUUUAAAAGAAGAGAAAUAUAGGAAAUAUAUAUGACCACACUUUUUUUUUGAUACACCUUACCAUUUUCACGCG